UAAUUUUCCAACGUCUUUCUGUGGUUUACAUCAUGUCGGGUACUCAACCAGCUGCUGAUAUUUGCCUUGCUUUACUAGUGGGCUUGCCAGGAAGUGGAAAGACCACUUUAUCUCAUUUCCUCAAGCAAUAUUUUUCCACAGAGCGAGAAGCAUCAGAGGACACACUGUCCUUGAAUGUGAUUCACAUAUGCUAUGACACUUUGAUCACUGCUGAUCUUGCUCAUCGGUGCAGCACUGACCCAGAUAGUGGCAACUGGCGAGAUGCAAGACAAGAAGUUCUUACCAUGGUGGAGAAAAUGAUGUAUAUGUUGAAGGAUAUCCACACUGAUAAAGAAAUCCACAAGCUGUCAUUGAAAUGUGGAGUGGAAAACAAAUAUAUCAAGAUGGAUUUCGAGUGUGAAAUUGUCAUUAAGAAGAGGACUGUAAUUGUCAUUGAUGACAACAUGUACUACAGUAGCAUGCGCUACUCGUAUUUCCAAUUGGCGCGACGUCACAAUAUUGGCUUUUGUCAGUUGUACCUUGAAUGUUCCGUUGCAUCAGCCAUGGUAUACAACAGCAGGCGCUCUAGGGAAGAGAGAGUGCCUGAUGAAGUUAUUAAGAAAAUGGCAGAUAGAAUGGAACCUCCAGAAGGCAAGCCAUGGGAGCAAUACACAUUACCAUUGGUGGCACAUACACCUUUUUCAAAUGAAGAGACAGUGCGAAAAAUUGGGAGUAUUGUAUCGAAAGCACUUCUGAAUCCAGUUGAACCUGUUGAUGAUUGGUCUGAGCUAGGAGAGGCCUCCAGGCAAGCAUGUAUGGCAAGUGUCAUACAUCAGGCUGAUCUAGGAUUGCGACACCUCGUGAAUGAGCGCAUGAAGCUGCUCCAAAAAAAAUCAGUGGAUCCUGAUGAUCUCAGAGCACAGUCAAGGAUCCUGAAUACUACUCGAAUUGAACUUUUGGAAGCAAUGAAAACAAGAGAAAUUAUUGUGCCAGAAGAGCUUUGCGCAGCUGUGCAGCUGUGUCAUCCUUUGGCAGGAGUUCGUUUGCGCAGUUUCCUUUCAACACUUCUGCCACCAUAAAUUGUUUUCUAAUCAUCAAACAUAUUUUUUAAAAUUUUAAUCAUUUCCAUUUUUUAACUUUUGUCUUUCUAAAUGAUGCUUACAAAAUUCAGAUCCCUGGCAGGUCAGAAACUAUGUACUUUUUAAACAAUCAAGCAGUAUCCUCAGGUCAGAAAGGCAUGUGCAUUCAGGAGGACUGCAUGCUGACAGAAAAGUUUUGGAUUUUGAGAUUGUUGAUGGAAUUGUUUCAUUCACUGUAAUCCUUUUCUUCUCUUUCAUUUCCUCACUUUUUUCAAUUACGUGUUCACCUUUUUCAUCCAUGUUGAAACUACUAACCUAAACCACAAAUGUACAAUAAAAAAGUCAUCUAAUAUUUCAAAUGAAA